AUGAUCGACGGCGUCAACAUUCAGGAUUGGCUUCAAUCUCACUUUCUCGACGCAUGUCGACAGCUUCUCCACAAAAUCGUCGAUGCAGGCGACCUCGUCGAUGAUUGUGUCAUCGGCUGGGACAGCGUGAACGAGCCCAACCAAACCUACAUCGGUCUCGGUAGUAUUUCUAGCAUUCCUGCCUCGUGGCAACUAAAAAAAGGUCCCGUCCCUACCCCAAUCCAAAGCUUCCGUCUCGGAGCUGGACAAGCCCAGACUCUGGAAAACUGGGUCUUUGGUGCGAUGGGCCCUAAACGUGACGGAUCGGUCAAGGUUGACCCCAACGGCACCCUUGCCUGGUUGACCGAGGAGGAGGAUCGUGUACACGGUGGAAACAGGUGGGGUUGGAAACGCGAAGAUGCUUGGCCACUCGGCCAAUGUCUUUGGGCCGCUCACGGUGUCUGGGACCCAACUACAGGUGACGUCCUCAAUGACGCAUACUUCAGAUUCUUCGAGGGUCCCGCCGGAUCCAAGCCUGCCGAAUUCGCCGAAGACUACUGGCUCCCACACUACCGCGCCUACGCCGACCUCGUCCGAUCCAUUCACAAAGAAGCAAUCAUGUUCAUUCAGCCUCCCGUCUUUGAGCCACCGCCAAAAUCGCUCUCCCAAGACGAUCUCAAACAACGCGCAUGUCUCUCGAGUCACUUUUACGACGGACUCACCCUCAUCACCAAGCACUGGAACUGGUUCAACGCCGAUGCUGUCGGUCUGCUCCGUGGCAAGUAUCCGGGUACCCUCUUUGCUAUCCGCGUGGGCAACAAAGCCAUUCGUCAGUGUAUCCGCGACCAGAUCGGCUACCUCCGCCAGGAUUGCCUCGAUGGUUUUGGUCAGUAUCCCACUUUGAUUGGCGAGAUCGGCAUCCCCUACGAUCUCGACAAGAAAAAGUCGUACUACGGCGACGCCAAAGGACGAGGCAUUGGAGACUAUUCAGCACAGACUUUGGCCCUCGACGCUUCACUCAACGGCUGCGACGGCAAAAAUGUGCUCAAUUACACCGUUUGGACUUAUUGUCCCGACAGCAGCCAUGAAUGGGGCGAUGACUGGAACGGCGAGGAUCUCAGCAUCUGGAGUCAAGACGAUAUCAAAGGUGCCGAAUCUGAAAGCUCUUCUCAAUCCUCCAUUCGUCGCAGGCCAAGCACCUCAUCCACAUCAAUUGGGCGUUCUAAACGUCUUACCAGUCUCACCGCGCUUUCCUCCGGGCUCACUUCGACAUCUAGCCUGCACCUACCGGAGCUCGUUCCAGGGGAUGGCGAAUACAACGCACCCAACUUACUCAAUGGCUCGCGCGCCGCUGCAGCUUUCUGCCGCCCUUUCCCCGUCGCCACCGUCGGCACACCUGCCAGCAUCGAUUUCGACAUCAAGUCAUCCGAAUUCACGUACGCCGUCGACGUCACCGCCGCUGAAUUGGACAAGGUCGGUCUGGCCACCGAGAUCUACCUCCCCUUCCUCCACUACGGUGCUGAUGGGGUUGCGGCAGCUGCAAGUGGCGAUCUGGGCAACCGACGCGACAAUAACGCUGCACAGCGAUGGGCUCGCAAGCAGGAGAAGAAGAUUCGCUCCGUUGACUCGCUCGCAUCCUCCACCUCCAGCCUCAAGACGACCGAAUCAUCCAGCAUCGAUGAUGCCUCCUUUACGUCCACCUCCACCGUGCUUGCCGACUCGACCGACCUUUCAAGAACCACUUCGUCCAGGUCCACCGCAGCACCUUUUGCCUCUGUAGCACAACAACAACUCCUUUCGAUCGAUGUGCAGCUCUCGGCGGGUCGAUGGGAGGUGGAGGGUCAGUACCUCAAGUGGUACCUGAACAAGGCAGAGGCCAUCGCCGAAGAUGCCGACAAUCCCGCCGAGGGAGUCUUUCGCCAUUCGAUCAAGGUCAAAAGAAAGGGAGGGCCUGUCAAGCUCGAAAUGUCCGGUAGCGCUUGGGACAUUUUGACUUCUUGUGGCAUCCUUUAG